AUGGAUAUAUGGGCAUUAACAAACACCACAAUCACCUGCCGUCACUGCCACCAUCCACCGCCACCACUUGUCACCGCUACCACCACCGCCACCAUUACUGCUACCACCAUCGCCACCACCAUCAUUACCACUACCGCCACCACCACAACUACAGUCUCCACCACCAACCAUUACCACCACCACCACCACCUACCACCUCCACCACCACCUACUACUACCAUCACUACCAUCUACCUCCACCACCACCACCACAAACACCAACCAUUACUACCACCACCACCACCACCUGCAACCACCACCUACCAUUGCCACCACCACCUACCUCCACCACCACCACCACAAACACCAACCAUUACUACCACCACCACCACCUGCAACCACCACCUACCAUCGCCACCACCACCGCCACUACCACCCCUACCCGUCACCUGCCAGCACCAUAGUUACCACUACUGCCGCCACCACCACCUACCAAUGUCGUCGCCACUGCCUACCUCCACCACCACAAACACCAACCAUUACUACCACCACCUGCAACCACCACCUACCAUCACCACCGCCACUGCCACUACCACCCCCACCCAUCACCUGCCACCACCACCUAUUAGAUUACUACAGAUAAUCAACAUAUCCACAGAAAGCUAA